AUGGUAUCCGAUAAUCUCUCCAACAAUCUAAUAACAGAAGAAGAAGCUGAAUUGUAUGACAGACAAAUAAGACUAUGGGGCAUAGAAUCACAAAAUCGACUCAAACAGUCUAAAGUUUUAUUACUUGGUAUGAAUGCAUUGGCUGCAGAAAUAGCUAAAAAUAUUGUUCUGGCGGGUAUCUCCAGCCUCACAAUUAUAGAUGGUCAACAAGUCACUAAUGACGAUUUGGAAAACAACUUCCUUAUACCACGUGAUUCUGUUGGACUAAACCGUGCCGACGCGGUUAUUGGUCGUACUCAAAGCCUGAAUCCAAUGGUUAAAGUACAAUCUUCUGAGCUGGGAGAUGAUCUAAAAGAUAAAUUUCAAGAAUAUAAUUUGAUCAUCCUUAUAACCGAAUGUUCAAGCGUUCAUUUUAAACAAUGGUCAACUAUAUGUGGCAUUGUGAGUAGUAUGGACAUAGAUACAAGACCAUAUAUAAUAUGUGCAUCAGUAACUGGAUUGUUUGGACUCGCGUUCAUAGAUCUCGGCGCACAUGAAUGUUUGUCUGAAGAUGUGGUAGUAAAGAAAAGAUCAGUGGCAGAAUUAUCAUCUGGUUCAAUUCAAAAGAUAAAUAAAGCUAGCGAACCAUCAAAUACAGAGACGAUACUUGUAAAAAAGACAUUCAACUAUUGUCACCUGUUAGACAGUUCAUGUCUUAUUUCUAACAUGUUAAAAAAUAGAUCACAUGCUAAAUAUAUUCCCAAAGGAUAUUUCCUUAUGCAAGUUUUAAGCCAAUGCUCUAUCGAAGAAGCACCAUUUACCUUACCAUAUUUACAAUCCCAAUGGCAAAAGGUAUCAAAGAUUCUGGAUGUAGAUGAAACAAUUCUUUCCAUUGAAGAUUUAGAAUGUUGCUCUGGUGCUACAAUCCCAGCUGUUAAUCCAGUACUUGGUGGUGUUGUGUCCCAAGAAAUAAUCAGGGCUAUAACACGAAAAGGUGCACCGCAUGGAAACUGGUACUUUUUUAAUGGAUCACAGUGCUCAGUUACUGUCGAUUGGUUACCGCCAGAUGAAAAGUCAUAA